GUCUCUGACCCUGAGUCUCAACCAUGCUGUCCAACGGCUUGCAAAGUUUCUUAAAAGUUACAAGCCCUCAUCUAAUACACGCAAGGUUGUGCCAGCGAUUGAUAAGUGAAAGGAAGUUUUUCGGAACUGUGCCAAUACCCAGAUUGUGUAGGCGGGUUGUCAUUACAGGCAUUGGCUUAGUGACUCCUCUGGGUGUUGGCACCCAGCUGGUGUGGGAUCGUCUUAUCCAGGGAGAGAGUGGAAUCGUUUCACUGGUCGGUGAAGAGUAUAAGAGUGUCCCUUGCAGUGUCGCAGCUUAUGUGCCAAGAGGUUGUGAUGAAGGUCAAUUCAACGCACAAAACUUUGUGCCCAAAUCAGAUAUCAAGUCCAUGUCUUCUCCCACCGUUAUGGCCAUUGGGGCUGCUGAGUUAGCCUUGAAAGAUUCCGGCUGGCAUCCUCAGUCAGAAGCUGACCAAGCGGCUACUGGUGUUGCAAUUGGCAUGGGGAUGGUUCCCCUUGAAGUGAUUUCUGAAACCGCUUUGAUGUUUCAGACGAAGGGUUACAGUAAAGUCAGCCCAUUCUUUGUCCCUAAGAUUCUGGUCAAUAUGGCCGCAGGCCAGGUCAGCAUUCGCUAUAAACUCAAGGGCCCCAAUCAUGCAGUGUCCACAGCCUGUACCACGGGAGCUCAUGCUGUGGGAGACUCUGUGAGGUUCAUAGCCCACGGCGAUGCUGAUGUGAUGGUGACUGGAGGUGCCGACUCUUGCAUCAGCCCUUUGUCGCUUGCUGCGUUUUCCAGAGCCCGGGCUCUGAGCACAAACUCUGAUCCGAAGUCGGCAUGUCGGCCAUUCCAUCCCAAGAGAGAUGGUUUUGUGAUGGGAGAAGGUGCAGCUGUGCUGGUGCUAGAAGAACACGAGCAUGCUGUUCAAAGAGGGGCUCGGAUCUAUGCAGAGAUUUUGGGCUACGGACUCUCAGGUGAUGCCAGUCACAUAACCGCCCCUGAUCCUGGAGGAGAAGGUGCCUUAAGGUGUAUGGCUGCUGCUAUAAAAGAUGCAGGUGUACAGCCUGAAGAGAUAUCCUAUAUCAACGCACAUGCUACUUCCACACCGUUGGGAGAUGCUGCUGAAAACAAAGCCAUCAAACAUCUUUUCAAAGAGCACGCCCACGCUCUUGCCGUUUCCUCCACCAAGGGAGCCACGGGACACCUGCUGGGGGCUGCCGGGGCCGCUGAGGCAGCUUUUACCUCUCUGGCUUGUUAUCAUCGAAAACUGCCACCUACUUUAAACCUGGACUGCACAGAACCAGAAUUUGAUCUCAAUUAUGUUCCACUCAAGGCACAGGAAUGGAAAACUGAGAAAAGAUGUAUUGGACUCACCAAUUCCUUUGGUUUUGGUGGUACAAAUGCAACACUUUGUAUUGCUGGCAUGUAGGACAAACCAUCUGUCAUUAAAUAUUGAUUUUU